UUUCUUCUCUGGAGUGGGAGUACAGAUUCAUUCGAGCAGAAUUGGUGGAAUGGUCGAAUUCGAGAUUUUUCUGCGCAACUUCUCUUGGAUGAUUAUAUUUGAGCGGAACGAACUCCUCAAGUUUUUCUUACUUUCCAGACCAAGAUCAAAUCUUGCGUCGCAGAAAUAAAGAUGCGAUUCUCAUUUGCAGCACUUACCAUCCUGUUUGGCCCUUUGACAGUUGUCUCGGCUCUUCCACGUGUCCAUGUGUGGCUGGAUGACACAGAAGCCCUCGACGACAGCAGUGACAUUUGCAAUGCAGCAGACGACACCUGUUCCUGGCCACCACGCCGCCUGUCACAUCCACAAGGUGCGUCCAUGGAUGAAGUUGAUCUGCGUGACGGCUAUCACCACGUCGAUGAAGAACUGAACGAGAGCAAUGAAGUUGUUCUUAUUGUGGUUCAUACUCCAACACAGACCUUGAAGAAGGAUGUCGCUGCCACGACCUCACCCUGCCGUCUAAGAGUGGUGACUUCAACACAAUCGCAUUUGCAGCCUCGACAUGCGUUGCCAGAUCCACUGGAAGACGUCGCAGACAUUCCCAAGAGCAUUCAGGAGGAGGAAUCACAAGCUCCAACCACAGCUACCACAGCUCCUGACCCCUUGGUUCCUUGCGGAAGAUGGGGUAGCUGUCCAGACGGCUAUGACUGGUUUCCUUUUUUCGAGGGCUGCUUCUGCGAGCUGAAACUCCCCAAGACGACUCCCGUACCUCCGCAGAGCGCCUAAGAGGAGACAACAAGUCCUGAGAGUCGUUACUGUUGUUGUCCAUGCUAGAGACGGCACCCAGGAGAUGUUAUCGGGGACGUCUUGUUUGCAUGUAUCAUACCAAAUUGUUACUUUGGUCAGCGCCUCGAGUUUCGCACAUGUCUGAGAAUUCACAAUCGUUCAAUAACAGGAGAUGGUGGUCGUGAAUCUAGGGUCAUCAGGGGUUGGCAACGCAUAACAUUCAUUACAUCGGGAAGGUGUCUGACGGUAUUAGACUAAAAUACCAAUCCGGAUGGGUCUAAAGCAAUAGCAUUAAG